GCCGAGCGGGGCGGGGUGAGGCUGCGGUGCAGAGGUGCGGCCGCUGGCAGCCGGGCCGGAGCGCGCCGGGCGCCGGGAGACGCGGACUCCGGGCGAGAGCCCCCCACCUGCAGUCGCCGCCCGCGGCCGCGCCGCCACCAUGGCGCUUCUGCUGCGCUUCCUGCUCCUGUGCGGAGCCGCCGAUGUGACCAGCAGUUUGAGUAUCACCAGUCCUGAACACAUGAUUGAAAAGGCCAAAGGGGAAACUGCCUAUUUGCCAUGCAAAUUCACCCAGAGUCUGGAAGACCAGGGGCCCCUGGACAUUGAGUGGCUGCUGUCACCAGCUGAUAAUCAGAAGGUGGAUCAAGUGAUUAUCAUAUAUUCUGGUGACAAAAUUUAUGACGACUACUAUCAAGGUCUAAAAGGACGAGUGCAUUUUACAAGCAGCGAUGUCACAUCUGGUGAUGCAUCAAUAAAUGUAACAAAUUUACAGUUGUCAGAUAUUGGCACAUACCAGUGCAAAGUGAAAAAAGCCCCUGGUGUGGGAAAUAAGAAGAUUCAGCUGGCUGUUCUUGUUAAGCCUUCAGGUACAAGGUGUUAUGUUGACGGAUCAGAAGAAAUUGGAAAUGACUUUAAACUGAAAUGUGAACCAAAGGAAGGCUCACUUCCGUUACUAUAUGAAUGGCAAAAAUUGUCCAACUCACAGAAACUGCCCCCAGCGUUGGUAACAGAAAUGACUUCACCUGUCAUAUCUGUGAAAAACGCCACUAUGGAGUACUCUGGGGUAUACAGUUGUACAGUCCGCAACAGAGUGGGCUCUGAUCAGUGCGAGCUGCGCCUGGAUGUUGUUCCUCCUUCAAAUAGAGCUGGGACAAUUGCAGGAGCUGUUAUAGGAACAAUGCUUGCACUGGUGAUCAUCUUUCUGAUCGUCUUUUGCUGUCAUAAAAAGCACAGAGAAAAAAAAUACGAAAAGGAAGUUCAUCAUGAUAUCAGGGAAGACGUGCCUCCUCCGAAGAGCCGGACAUCCACCGCCAGAAGCUACAUGGGCAGCAAUCACUCAUCCCUGGGGUCCAUGUCUCCUUCCAACAUGGAAGGUUAUUCCAAGACUCAGUAUAACCAAGUACCAAGCGAAGAUUUUGACCGCGCUCCUCAGAGCCCGACUCUCCCGCCUGCUAAGAUUUCACAGUAUCGAAUAUCACAGGUAGUAUUCUCAAAGUCUGAAUACACUUGCAAGACUGAUGGAAUUACAGUGGUAUAAAUAUCAAGAACUACUGAAGAAUUCAAAGCACUGUCUUUUGCUUUAUUUUUGGACCUCCAGUAAAGACUUGAACGUGUUGGGCAAAAGCAUACGGCACAGAAAUUACAGUGGCUGAAAGGACAGUAAUGCUUUACGCAACAGUGUUGUGCACAAAAGUCAAAUGUCACACCAAAUUAGUACAGGCCAAAUUCCUGGUUGGGAAAAUUCUCUGUACAGUGACUUGAAUAUUUUGAAAGAUGUUUUAUUAUGUUUAUAUUUUCAAUGAGCUACUAACAAAUUUUAGGUUUUUUAUAAAUGUCUUUUGAUACUGUAGCCCUUGGGGGAAGUAUGGUUUUUUU